UUGAAAGGUGGUUACGAGGAGUGGAGCAGGAGACAGAAACCCUGACAGCAAAGGCCUACCACCACAUCCAUCUCUCUCCUCCUCCUCUAUACCCCGGCCUCCUCCUUGAUCACAUCUCUCUCUAGCCUGUGAAGGGAAAAAAGAUAGACAGGGUCGUAGGACGUGGUGAAGAGGACAAGAUCUUCUUUGCAGUACAGUGGAUGAAACUCCAAGGCGGAUUCAAUUUGCCAGUGUGCGCGAACCGAGAAGCGCCGCAGCAGCAGGGGAGCGCCAAUCCCAUCAUUCAUCCCCCCCUCUGCCGCCCCUCGCAUGCUUGCUCCAGGAUGCAGCAGCAGAAGCAGCAGAGCUGGUGAUCAUGGUGCAAGGUGAGGAGGAGAGUUCCUGGAGGAUGAUGGCCAGCGUCCAUGACCACGACAUACAGCAUCUGAACCAAGCAACGCUCGCGUACCAUGGAGGACUCCACCAAGCCCAUCAUCAUCACCAUCACGCCUCCGCCGCGCCGCCUACCAGUAGCUUCUUGGACUUCCAACCCACAGCCGCGGCCGCCGCCUACUUCGGGGAGCUGGAGGAGGCUCUCAUCAAUGGCGGCGCCACCGCCGGCGGCAUCGGCGUCGAUCACCGUCACCCCGGCGGCAUGAUCACGAGCGACGUGCAGACAAAGUCGGCAGGAUACCUCGCGGGCACGGGCAGGCCCCCCACGCUGGAGAUCUUCCCUUCGUGGCCAAUGCGACACCAACCACAGCAGCUGCACAGUGGGAAUUCGCAGUCAGUCGGGAGCACCACUGACUCGAGCUCAGCUCGGAACACAAUGGCGCAGAUGGUGUCCCCAGCCAGCAGCGUCAGGCCCUCGCCGCCCUCCUCCGACGAGCAGCGGCACGAGGUCAUGAUGGUAACCACUGACGAUUACAGCUACAAGCCUGGCGCCCUCGCUGCCGCCGGCCCUCCUCCACCACCUGCCGUCGCUGCUGCCACGGCAAGCUUUCAGCAGCAGAUGCAGCUGCACGGAGGAGGAGACCAUGACAAGCGGAAACAUGGAUCCACAAGAAAAGAUGGCAAGUUGGUAGAUUCCAAGACGGAAAGGCGAUUAGCGCAGAACAGGGAGGCUGCUAAGAAGAGCAGGCUGAGGAAAAAGGCUUAUGUGCAGAACCUAGAAACCAGCAGGGUCAGGCUCCAGCAGAUGGAGCAAGAGCUCCAGAGAGCCCGGUCUCAGGGGAUGUUUCUCGGGGGCUGCAGUGCAGCCGGUGACAUGAGCCCUGGAGCGGCCAUGUUCGACAUGGAGUACGCUCGGUGGCUGGACGACGACGGCAAGCGGCUGACGGAGCUCCGCAGCGGGCUGCAGGCGCACCUGCAAGACAGCAACCUCGGGCUCAUCGUGGAUGAGUGCAUGCACCACUACGACGAGCUGUUCCAGCUCAAGGCAGAGCUUGCGCGCUCCGACGUCUUCCACCUCCUCACCGGCGCCUGGACCACCCCCGCCGAGCGCUGCUUCUUCUGGAUGGGCGGCUUCCGACCGUCCGAGCUCCUCAAGAUACUGAGCCAGCAGCUGGAUCCGCUGACGGAGCAGCAGAUGGUGUCGAUCUACAGCCUGCAGCAGUCGUCGGAGCAGACCGAGGAGGCGCUCGGGCAGGGGUUGCAGCAGCUGCACCAGUCGCUGGCCGACACGGUGGCCGCCGGCACGCUCAACGACGGCACCGCCGCCCCCAACUACAUGGGGCUCAUGGCCAUCGCGCUGGAGAAGCUCGCAAGCCUCGAAAGCUUCUACCAGCAGGCUGACAAUCUGAGGCAGGUAACGUUGCAUCAGAUGCGCCGGAUUCUAACAACCCGACAGGCGGCUCGAUGUUUCCUCUCCAUUGGGGAGUACUACCGCCGGCUACGAGCACUCAGCAGUCUCUGGGCUUCCCGUCCUCGCGAGAAUUUCAUUGGGGCGGAGAGUCUUAGCCCCACAGGACCUGAGCUGCAAGGUAUGCACCACCAGCUGCAACAGAAUCAGUUCUCAGGAUUCUGAGGCAUUUCCCAGAAGGUGUAAAAUUAGGUGUCGGUGAUCUUAGAGAGGAGAGAAAGAGGGAUUGUAAUGUUCUAUCAUUGAUUAAAGUAUUUGAGAAAGCAGCAUCACUAGGGGGAAAAGCAGGCAAUUGUUGGGGUGCA